AUGAGCGCCGCAUCCCGUCGCACGGUUUCAGCAGAGGAACUGGAGGUGUGGAUUGAAUCGCCUAUUCACCAAACGUACACGAGGCCCCCCUUGCCCACUGUGUUAUCCUUAGAGUCCAUGCUGAUCGACAAAUUUGAUGUCUACUGCUGGUGCUCCUUCGUCUUGGAUAAAAUGCAUAUGCUCUCGGACCUCCUCAAAGUGGGGCUGCGUAUCCUAAUGGCUUCAGGGCGCUUGGAACUCAUGGGGGCGAAACUGAAUUUCCAGCGCGAGGAGUUUAGGAAUUUGCGGGGAACGGCGAAGACGUUUUUCAGGGGGCGAAACUGA